UUGACAGAUCCCAGCAUGCCUUCCGAGACAACCCAAGCCGAAGGAGGGUGUGCAGAGUGUCCCCACCUCUCAAAGGCAUGCCUGGAGGAGGAACCCACAGAGGACAAGGAAGCCAAGGCGUGCUCAUGGAUCCUCCCGAAUACCCCCAGCAAGUGCUCCUGGCAGCUGGGCAGCCUGAGCGCCGACUCUCCACAUCACCAUGCUCCCUCGACAAAAGCCCCUAAAAUCUUGCCAGAUAUCCUGCAGAACAUUGGGGAUACCCCCAUGGUGAAAAUCAAUAAGAUCGGGAAGAAGUUUGGCCUGAAGUGCGAGCUCCUGGCCAAGUGUGAGUUCUUCAAUGCGAGCGGGAGUGUGAAGGACCGCAUCGCUGUGAGGAUGAUUGAGGAUGCCGAGCGGGCUGGGAUUCUAAAGCCUGGGGACACGAUCAUCGAGCCGACAUCCGGGAACACAGGGAUCGGGCUGGCCCUGGCUGCCGCCGUGAAGGGCUAUCGCUGCAUCAUCGUGAUGCCGGAGAAGAUGAGCAUGGAGAAGGUGGACGUCCUGCGGGCCCUGGGGGCCGAGAUUGUGCGGACACCCACCAAUGCCAGAUUCGACUCCCCUGAGUCACACUUUGGGGUGGCAUGGAGGCUGAAGAAUGAGAUCCCCAAUUCUCACAUCCUGGACCAGUACCGCAACGCCAACAACCCCCUUGCUCACUACGACACCACUGCUGAGGAGAUCCUGCAGCAGUGUGACGGGAAGGUGGACAUGCUGGUGGCCUCAGCGGGCACGGGCGGCACCAUUACGGGCAUUGGCAGGAAGCUAAAGGAGAAGUGCCCUGGAUGCAGAAUCAUCGGGGUGGAUCCUGUAGGCUCCAUCCUGGCAGAGCCUGAGGAGCUGAACCAGACGGAGCAGACGGCCUACGAGGUGGAGGGCAUCGGCUAUGACUUCGUCCCCACGGUGCUGGACCGGAAGGUGGUGGACAAAUGGUUCAAGAGCAAUGAUGAGGAGUCCUUCACCUUCGCCCGAAUGCUGAUCUCGCAGGAGGGACUGCUGUGUGGUGGCAGUUCGGGCAGUGCCAUGGCCGGGGCCGUGAAGGCCGCCCAGGAGCUGCAGGAGGGCCAGCGCUGCGUGGUGAUCCUGCCCGACUCGGUUCGCAACUACAUGUGAGCCUCCCUCCUGCGCCGUCCUUGGAGCUGUCUCCGCUCCCUCUGUGCUCCCUGAGAUCCGACAGCAAGAAGGAGGGCGGGGUGGGGGUCCGCGGGUCUGGGAGCUCUGCUUUUCCCUCCGGGCCCCUCCAGGCUGUGGGGCUCAUUUCUUCAUCCAACCUUGUCCCCUUGGGUCUAAGAGCCGCGUUUCAAAGGCAGCUCACGUUCGCGGUGGCAGCGGGCACGUGCCUGGCGGAGCCCCAUGUGCAGGCGGCUCUGCUUCCAUCGCAGCCCCGAGCCCCCCUGCUCUGAGAGCCGCAGCCGAGGGAGGGGGAGGG